GAAGCGCCGCGGCAGCAGCCCCGAGAGACGCUCUCCCCGGGUCGCCGCCGGAGCAGGUACCACGCCAUGUUUGCGUUUUUGAUACUGCUGUGUCAACUGCACGUGAUGAUGUUUGCAUUUCCUCACUGCACAGGGAGAUUAAAUAACUUGAAGCAACCUGAACAGAAAGACGUGUUUACAUCAGAAAAGGAGGCCAAUUUAUUCAUUGGACGACAUCUUCUGAAUAACAGAUUUGAUUUUGAAGCAUUCACAGCGGAUAACCUGGAAAGAGAAUGCUUUGAAGAGCUGUGCAAUUAUGAAGAAGCGAGAGAAGUUUUUGAAGACCCCAAUAAAACGAUGGAUUUUUGGAAUGACUAUUCAACUAAAGGACCUAAAAUAAAAAUAGGUGAUGAGACACUACAAAAGAUUAAUGUUACAGGACUUCUCAUCAGUCUAGUUGCUGCUGGAGUACUGUUAGUUAUAAUUGCACUGCUUAUCUUCUACUGCUGCAAAAGCAGAUGCAAAUCAAGGCAACCACCACGGUACUUGCAUUAUGUAAGAAGUAGAAGACGUAGUUCAUCUAGCAUCUUCAGAAGGCAUGAAGAAUUUUCUUUAAACCCACUUCCUCUCAGAACUGAUGAUUCAGGACUACCAACUUAUGAGCAAGCAGUUACUUCAGAUGGACAACACAACGUGCCACCACCUCCUUAUCCAGGGCCCCCAACAGGGGCUCGGGUGUUUAAAAAGUCUAUGUCACUUCCUGCCCCUUAGUCACAAACCUCCUUCUGGGGUGAGGGGGGAUUACUGAAACAUAACAAACUUUUUUAAAAAGUCUGUGCUACCUUGCAUAUUGCAAGACAGUUUACAAAAAUGUGAAAGAUCUUUAGCACAACUAGGAGCAAGUGAAGGUCCCAUUUGGGAAAAGAGGUGAUCUGUUGCAAAGGCUGCAGGACUGUUCUUUGCACAAGGUUAUUGCGCUAAGAGGAGGGAAUGCAUAAAGAGUAAGUCUUGUACUGCCACCCUCUUCUAUAUGCACUUUGAGCCAUCCCAUCAUACUAUUGAUGUUUCAUUAAUAGUUUCAUCUCUUUUUUCUUCAGA